UCAUAGUCAGUUUGGGGGUCAGAGCUCGACGUAUCCUGGAGUCCUGAUUGGUUAACUUUUUUCUUAGGGUAUAUUAAAACUCGAGCAUAUUCAAAAGACUCUGGUCGCAGUCCUGGAAGGCUGCACGCCAGAAAUUAUAAAUUGUCCUAGGAACCCGUUGUUGCAGGCGGUAACGCUUGCUAGCUCGGCUCUUCCUAGUUAAAAAGAAGCCGUUUCGGCUUCUUACCCAAAGAAAGCAACCAAUUCCACCUAUUUAUUAGUUUGGAUGGUUUAACAGUUUUACGUGUGGGAAGGGACUAUAGAUUGGCGUAACCAUGCGCCUUCAGGAGUGUGUCUGUGUAGUGGUACUUCUGGUUGUUACAGUCGCAGCCGCCCCGGAGAAAGAUCGAGGGUGCACAUAUCUAGGAAUUCAGUACGAGAACGGAGCAGUAUGGCUGCCAAAUAAUGAGGACAAAUGUUUUGAAUGUCUUUGCGACAAUGGCGAGGCUCUCUGUUCCUUCCUUGCCGACUGUGACGGUUACGCCUCCGCCCUCACCGCAGAGGAGAAAAAGAUGAGGGUAAUGGCUGCCGUCACCGGCCUGCCUGGUGAGGAUGGAGAACGAGGCCCACAAGGUCCAAAGGGAGAGGCUGGAGAUUCCGGUCCUGAUGGAACUAAUGGUGUCCCCGGACCCCCUGGCUCCCCAGGACAGAGCGAGAUGUCAGCUGACCAGGCUUACCGCCGUUACUACGCCAGCAGGUUCUCCAACAAAGCUGGUGGGGGAGCUGCCUACGGACCUCAGUAUCUUCAAGCUCAAGUUGGACCCAUUGGACCACGUGGAUUGAGUGGAUCUCCAGGACCACCCGGACCCCAAGGAGGCCGUGGAAUCAGAGGUGAAUCUGGAGACAGCGGACCACAAGGAGCCCCCGGAAGUCGUGGACAGCCUGGACCACCUGGACCAAGCGGACCUGAGGGUGACAGUGGACGUAAUGGUGAAGCAGGAGCUCCUGGUGUCCCUGGCGCUAGGGGACCACCUGGACCAUCUGGCAUGCCUGGACUUCCUGGUGGAAAGGGACACAGAGGUUUCUCUGGCUUCCCUGGAAAACGCGGAGAGCAGGGUAUUUCAGGAGAGACUGGUGCCGUCGGUGCCCCAGGUCCAUCCGGAGCUCCUGGUCCAGUUGGCCCCCGUGGUCAGUCUGGCGAGAGGGGUCAGGAUGGUUCUUCUGGACCUUCAGGUCUUCGUGGUGUUGAUGGCCUGCCUGGACAACCUGGAUCCCCAGGAGCUAUGGGAGGAUCCGGACCUCCCGGAUCUCCAGGAAUGAUUGGAGCUAAGGGUGACGCUGGUGCUAAGGGACCCAAGGGAGGAGUUGGACCCCAGGGUCCUCGUGGAGAGAACGGUAUGCCUGGAGCUGACGGAGAGGAUGGACUGAACGGACCUCCAGGACAAUCAGGAAGCGAUGGCGAGAAGGGUACUGGUGGUGAUCCAGGAGCAGCCGGAUCUCCAGGAUUCCCUGGACCCCGUGGACCCCCCGGACUCUUGGGAAGCCCCGGAUUGCCUGGUCUUAAGGGCGCUGCUGGAUCCCCCGGUCAAGGUGGAUACAAAGGCGAACAAGGUCUGAAGGGUUCCCCAGGUACCCCUGGCGACAGAGGACAACCCGGACCCCCUGGAACCCAGGGAAGACGGGGUGGCCGUGGUGGUGCUGGUGCCGCCGGACCCCAGGGACUCAGUGGAGAGAGGGGUCUUCCCGGUGCACGUGGAAGUCCUGGAAGUCCAGGUAACGCCGGACCCAAGGGAGAAGAUGGAGAUUCCGGUGCCCGUGGAGAGAGGGGACAGACAGGCUCUAUGGGAGAGGCUGGACGCCCAGGUCCCCCCGGACCCCCUGGUGAGGCGGGUGCAGUGGGACCAGCUGGACCUGAUGGAAAAUCUGGACCACCUGGACCUUCUGGUCCAUCUGGUAAUGAUGGACGCCCCGGGGAGAUGGGUGCCCCUGGCCCCUCCGGUUCCCCAGGACAGCAGGGCGCUCAAGGCCCAACUGGAGAGAGAGGAAACAACGGCAAGUCUGGUAACCCUGGACAACAAGGACCUCGUGGACCCCCCGGAGAUAACGGACCAACUGGUGAAAUGGGACCCCAGGGAGCUCCUGGACCCGAGGGAGAGCCCGGCCCCAGAGGCGCUGAGGGACCCCCCGGAGGACCUGGAUUCCAGGGUGCCCCAGGUCUUCCCGGACCCCCCGGAGAGGCUGGAACAGAGGGAGAGCCCGGUACACCCGGAGGACCCGGACAAGCCGGACGCACUGGAAACAGGGGAGAGCGUGGUUUCCCCGGUGAACGCGGACCCAUGGGACCUGUUGGCGAGCCCGGAUCACCCGGUCAAGUUGGACCCGCUGGAAAUGAUGGCGAGAGAGGUAUUCCCGGAGAGAUUGGUAUCCAGGGUGACCUAGGUCCUCAGGGACCCAUGGGUAUGCCAGGAGAGCGCGGUCCCGCUGGAGAGAUGGGAGGAAAGGGAGAUGAUGGUGACGCAGGACCCCCAGGCCCUGAUGGAAAUACUGGCCGCCCCGGUCUUUCAGGUCCUCCUGGAGAGCCUGGCCCCCCUGGUCUUGCCGGUCCCCCUGCUGAGAAGGGACAACCCGGUGACCCUGGCUUCCGUGGACAGUCCGGACCCCCUGGUGCCUCUGGAGAACGCGGAAAUGGUGGUCCCGAUGGAGAGCCCGGAUACCCAGGUCUUCCUGGUGCCUCCGGAGGUGCAGGUAAUAAGGGAGAGGCAGGUCUGCCUGGAUCUAAGGGAGAGCAAGGUGACGGUGGCGCUGCUGGUGAACCCGGAAGUCAAGGGCCAUCUGGUGUUCCUGGUAUUCAAGGCCGCAAGGGUCCCCGAGGAGAACAGGGAGUGGCUGGAAUCCCCGGUGAGCCAGGUGCCCCCGGAGCCCCAGGAUCCCAGGGUCUCUCAGGUCAACAAGGUCUCCCCGGACCCGCUGGACCUGCUGGCACUCCUGGUAUCAAGGGAGCACGUGGAUCCACUGGCAACAUGGGACAGGCUGGCAAAAAUGGUGCUCCCGGACAGUCUGGAAACCCAGGACAGAAGGGUAACCGUGGAGAGGAUGGUUCACCUGGAUCAUCUGGACCAACUGGUCCUCAAGGUGCCUCAGGAGAGCGCGGUGAGCCAGGUAUGCCUGGACCACCUGGUGAGACUGGACCCGGAGGACCCCAAGGACCUAAUGGAGCUCGUGGAGCCAAUGGACGUCGUGGAAGCGAUGGACUUCCAGGAAAACCUGGACCACCUGGACCAGUUGGAGGUCCCGGCUCCAACGGACCAACAGGACCCUCUGGAGCUCCCGGAGCUGAUGGUGCCGCUGGUCUUCCAGGGCGUCAAGGCGAGGCUGGAAUUAUUGGAGAUGCCGGACGAGUUGGACCCUCAGGCCUACCAGGACUUCAGGGUCCAGCCGGACCUAGUGGACCAGUAGGCGAGGCCGGUGUACGAGGAGAAAGGGGAGCAAUUGGACCACUUGGACCCCGUGGACCACAGGGAUUGAGAGGUUCUCCCGGAGUUCAAGGAGAGCAAGGAGUUGAUGGAGAGGAGGGAGAUGCUGGCAAAAAUGGAGACAAGGGAGACCCAGGCUACAUGGGACUUCCUGGAUUACCCGGACCCGAGGGUCCAAUUGGAGAGAAUGGUGCAUUAGGACCUCGUGGACCAGCUGGAGAGAGGGGUAACGACGGUACCCGUGGACAACCAGGACCAGCAGGAGAGGACGGACCCGGUGGCCCACGUGGUGCCCCCGGCCCCCGUGGACCCGCUGGAGAAGAUGGAAGAAGGGGAUCCGCCGGUCUUCCCGGAAAUCCAGGACCCCCCGGACCCCCAGGAGAGAGCGUGUACGGCCGUGCUAUGACCGGCUGGGCCACUGGAUCCAAGGGACCUGGCUACAUGGGUGACGUACCAUCUGCGGAGGGUGAAACUGAGGAGGCACGUAACGCCAUCAAGGCCCUGAAGGAUGUUGAGGAGGAGAUCAAGAAGCUGAGGGACCCCACUGGAACCAAGGACGCCCCUGGUCGUACCUGCCAUGACCUGUUCAAGAACAACCCCGAGAUCACUGAUGGUUGGUACUUCAUUGAUCCUAAUGGUGGUGGUAUCAGUGAUUCCUUUGAAGCUGAAUGUCUCUUCAACGGAAAAAGGACCGAGACUUGCUUACACCCAAUCCAAACUGGGUAUGAGAGCCAACAAUGGUUCACCAGGAAGGAGAACCCAGAAGCCCACGUGUGGUUCGCAGAGACUUUCGAUGAAAGUGGCUUUUUCAACUAUGGCGUCCACCAGUCUCAAGUUAAGUACCUCCACCAAAUGAGCAGCCGUGCUCGCCAGGAUAUCGUAUUCAGCUGUAAGAACACCGUCAUCAUCGCCGACCAAACCCCAGGCAACAUCAGGAAGGCUAUAAGGCUCGGCAGCUUCGACGAGGAAAUCAUGGGACCAGUUGCCAAGAAACCAUACAGAUUUAGAGUAAAGUCAGAUACAUGCAUGACAAGCAACGGGAAAUUUGGAGAAACAAUAAUAGAAGUCCGCGGCCGUGGACAACGCGUAGAAAGAAUGCCAAUUAUCGAUGUAGGACUUUAUGAUGUCGGUGGAGAAGAUCAAGAAUUUGGUAUUCAAAUAGGGCCCGCUUGCUUCAGCUGAGCCGAUGACUAGUUCUAUAUUCAUCCGCACACGUCUUCUCAUAUUUCAUGACAGAUAUAGACAAUUAUAGAAAUAAUUUCAACAUUCAUCUAAUAAAACUCAAGUUCCUUCCAGAUAUCAUUCUGUUAACCUCAUGGACCAAUUUUGUUAUUAUUUGUUUUCGACAUUUGAGAAGGGAACAUCGGUGCCGCGGCGGAGGAGAAUAGUAGGCGGAUGUUAAGAAACUGUGAUUUACUAAAAAAGCAUAUGUGAUCAACGCUACAUAACUGCCAUUACCUACAUCUAGUGUUCAAGGGAUCAAGUCAGGGGACACAACCUAUGCUGAAUGCAUGUUGUUUCAACGCGGCCUGUUUACUACCUCUGUCUAAUAAAUCCGUCCAAAAAUGUCGGCAUUCAGCUGAAGUGGGAAAUAAAAAGAUAAAAAUAA